AUGUCGACUCUGACGCCCGACCAGUGGCAAUCCCGGGACAAUGUACCGUCCUCAGAAGCCAUUGACAUGAAGGAUGAUAACGCCACCGACUUUGCGAAGUUUAUCGAGGCGCAGAGCCCCAUCACCGGAUCUACCGGAGCGCGUGAAAUGCUAAAAGCAGGCCAGAGACGUCUUCGACAGCUCGCUCAACGCCAAAGAAAGAACACAGACCCUAAGACCAAGGCCGAAGAGUCGGCACGCCAAUUGCUCGCACUCCAGGAAGGCGGGUUCCUACCGUCUAAUGUACCCGUGCCUGCCGGCGUACCCAAGAGAUCGGGCCACAAGAAAAGCCUCGACUCCAGCAGAUCUUCCUCCCGGUCCAUCUCCAACCUCAGUUUCAGAUCAAGUUCCAGAAGAGACGUAGAAAGCAUCGGACAACCCUGGCUGACGGACCCACUCGAGAAGAAGGACAGACAAGAGCUCAGAGCAAACCAUCUGUCGGCGCUGGAUCUACGGGAAUUGACCUCUUUGGUGGAGGCUGCCGUAUCCCUUCCUCCCCAAUUCGAUGACGCAAACCCACCUCCUUAUCAGCCACCGACACCCGCAAAGGAUCCCAAAGUUGAGAUGCAGGGUGUUGACCAGAACCCAACCACUGCCUCCGAUGCCGCAGACAGCACAUCUAUGCGGAUCCAGGUCGACCACUGUGGAGAGCAAGAAUCAGAUGUUCUGCCUGCAGAGACCGGGUCGAAUGAUGAGAAGGCUUUGAUGCAAAAGAACCAGGCUGGUCUCAUGCCGGAUGAAGACACAGGUCUCAAAGUCGACUCCGAAGCAGCCACCAAACCUUCCUCUAGCUCAUCCGGAAGCUUGCCGACCCCCACAAGUCAAUCCACCUUGUCUUUGAAGCUUUUCCCUGAUACUAUCCCCCCGCGCAAUCCGAGUCGAGGAGCUUGGCGCAUUUCCAAUGCCCGUCCGUUAGCUCUCAACCGACCUCUUCCUGCCGCCCCAACCCCUGAGCGAACUAGCACAGAUUCGAACACCGACUGCCCCCAACCGGCCGAUAGCAUGUCCCUCAAGGAGGACCGUGUUACUCAGAAGGUGUCUGACACCACACGGUCUGCUUCUUUUGAUGCCGGGAAACCAGGCAAAGAGCCUAUGGCAAGCCCGGUGCAUGAGAAAUCUUCGCAGAAGAAAAGCUGUCGCCGUCCUUCAUCCCUGCCUAUGUGUACCAUCGAAGCGUUUCCCCUCCCAGCACCUAUGAGGCCACUGCCCUCACUACCCGAAUCAACAUUAGCAAUUGACAACCGACGCGCCUCUGGCAAAUCUGCGCCUGUUGCAAGACUGGUGUUGGAUGGUAAAAGUCCGGCCGCCAGUGCACAGGAUGAACCGGCUAAGUCGGGCACACCUGUCAUGUCCGGCCCUGUGCCACCAGUGAGAACGGGGCAGAGUCGGGCGGAGAGAGUUCAUGCGUUGAAAAUGAGAGAUAUGUCGGCGAGCCGCCUCUACCUGAGAGAUUCAGAGACGCCCCAAGAGGUGGAAGAAGACCAGCCCGUGGAAUCUGCAAAGAGCCCACAGGAAGUGACUCCCCAGGAACGUCUGGAGACACGGGCUCCCAAGCCUGAGACGGCUGAUAGCCACAAGCGAUAUCAGAGAAAGGUCGCUUCGGACCCUCCAUCCCCGCCACCUGUCUCGCCUCCGCCGUCAAAGCCCUCGAGACAGCUCCUCAGCCAGUCUAUUGGCAGGCGAUACUGCACCACACCCAUCCAUUGUAGCGCAACAUUCGCGAGAGAGACAGAGUCACAGGGGACUGUUUCCAGCCGAGGCCCUCCCAUCCGUCGGGCUAGUAGCACUCGAAGCACAGCCUCCUCGCAGGGGCGAGCAAACAAGGAGCAAAACUCUAUGAGCCGCGCCGAGAUCCCUAUCCCGUCAUCAGACGACGAGUGUACGAGCGCGAGCGCGCACCAGGACCGAGCACGUCCAGUGUCGGGCAAACGCCGACGGAUGAGACCCACCCCUCUCACAUUGACUGAGCCCGCGUCGCACAAGGGGCGCGCGACAAAGAGGUCUUCCUCCGAUCAUGCGUAUCCAUUUACGCCAAAAGGCCACAGAAGUCGCGUUUCAGAACGGUCUUCGCCGCGAUCGCAUCUGUCGCACAGCACUUAUUAUUCCCAGGAUUCUCGAAGCUCCCACCGCCAAUCCUCAGAAGUCAUCCGGUGCCUUGAAGAGCGAAUCGCGCACCUUGAGCGACAGAACAAAGUCCUUCAGGCUGCGCUCCUUGCCGCUCUGGAUGUGGGCGUGAAGGACAAUUUGGAAAGCGUGCUUGGGGGAUCAGCUACCUCGCUGUCUACUACUGCGACGACGCCGGCUACGGGAAGUUCCUUUUCGUCUACGACGCACAGCUCCAGUUUGGAUGAGUCCAUGGCGGACGAGUGCCGACGCAGCCGCAGAAAACAGCCUCCUUACCGGCCCACCAGCUGGAUUGCUAGCCCAGAGUCUAGCCGACGGAGCAGCUACGACACGGGUGACAGUGACCACGUGAGGGAAUUGGAGGACAUGAUCGAAGAUAUGGAUUUUGAUUGGAUGUCCGACAAGUCGGAUGCUGUGAGAGUGUAG